UUAAGCAGCUCGAGCUGAACUAGUGUAGAGAGAGAGAGAUGCAUCUCCUUUACCCCAUUCCUCUCUCUUUCUCCGCCAUUCUCAUCUUCCUCAAGCUCUCAUCAAUCAUUCUUCAUCUGGGUUAGCAACCAUCAAUCUGAAGAAGAGAUCGAUCUUACCCUCUUCCUAGCUCCUUCUUCCCACCAACGAAAAGGAAAAAACUUCUAUAAAUUUUCUAGCUUCAAAUUACAUGGAAUAUAAUCAAACUGAUGCUUGAGAACCAUGGAUCUUGACUGUGGAAAGUUAUUGAGUUCUUCCAAGAAGGAUUCUUGGAAAACAACUCUACUUCUAGCUUAUCAAAGUCUUGGAGUGGUUUAUGGGGACUUGGGUAUAUCUCCUCUUUAUGUUUACAAGAGCACAUUUGCUGAAGAUAUUCACCAUUCAGAGACAAAUGAAGAGAUUUUUGGUGUUCUCUCUUUCGUCUUCUGGACUCUAACUCUAGUUCCCUUAUUCAAAUAUGUGUUUAUAGUUCUUAGAGCUGAUGACAAUGGAGAAGGUGGGACUUUUGCCCUUUAUUCUUUAAUUUGCAGACAUGCUAAAGUGAGUCUUCUACCAAAUCAUCAAGUUUCUGAUGAAGCACUCUCUACUUAUAAAUGGGAGAAUCCUCCUGAGAAAAAGAAUAGUUCAAAUGUUAAGAAGUUGCUCGAGAAACACAAGUUCUUGCACACUGCUUUGCUUAUCUUGGUUCUUCUCGGGACUUGUAUGGUGAUAGGGGAUGGAUUGCUUACUCCAGUCAUUUCCGUUUUCUCUGCUGUUUCUGGGCUUGAGCUGUCCAUGUCAAAGGAUCAUCAUCAAUAUGCGGUCAUUCCUAUAACUUGCUUCAUAUUAGUUUGUCUAUUUGCAUUACAACAUUAUGGAACACAUCGAGUGGGAUUCUUUUUCGCACCAGUUGUGUUGACUUGGCUACUCUGUAUUAGCGGACUUGGUUUGUAUAAUAUAAUCCAUUGGAACCCACGUGUUUAUGAAGCUCUAUCGCCAUAUUAUAUGGUCAAAUUCUUGAAAAAGACGAGAAAAAGUGGAUGGAUGUCCUUGGGUGGAAUUCUCUUGUGCAUAACUGGCUCUGAGGCAAUGUUUGCAGACAUUGGUCACUUCUCUUAUACAGCUAUUCAGAUUGCCUUCACUUUUCUGGUUUAUCCAGCUCUAAUCUUGGCAUAUAUGGGUCAAGCAGCUUAUUUAUCGAAGCAUCAUAAUAGCACUCACAAGAUUGGUUUUUAUGUCUCGGUCCCAGAAUGUGUUCGAUGGCCUGUUCUUGCUAUAGCGAUACUUGCCUCGGUUGUGGGAAGUCAGGCUAUAAUUAGCGGUACAUUCUCCAUUAUCAACCAAAGUCAGUCCCUCGGUUGUUUCCCAAGGGUCAAGGUUAUUCACACCUCCGAUAAAAUACAUGGUCAAAUAUACAUUCCCGAGAUCAAUUGGGUUCUUAUGAUCCUCUGCAUAGCCGUUACCAUUGGCUUCAGAGACGUAAAGCAUAUGGGAAAUGCAUCCGGUUUGGCAGUUAUGGCGGUUAUGUUAGUUACUACAUGUCUCACUUCAUUGGUGAUUGUCCUUUAUUGGCACAAACCGCCUAUAGUUGCUCUCGCAUUUCUACUCUUUUUCGGGUCAAUCGAAUUGCUGUAUUUCUCUGCCUCUGUGAUUAAAUUCCGCGAAGGUGCAUGGCUCCCGAUCCUCCUAUCGCUCUUCCUAAUGACGAUAAUGUUCGUUUGGCAUUACGCCACUAUAAAAAAGUACGAAUACGAUCUCCAUAAUAAAGUUUCGUUGGAUUGGCUAUUGGCUUUAGGGCCAAGCCUUGGUAUUGCCCGAGUCCCGGGAAUUGGGAUCGUGUUCACAAAUCUCACAUCGGGUAUCCCAGCAAAUUUCUCUCGUUUCGUCACAAACCUACCCGCCUUCCAUCGUGUUUUGGUCUUCGUUUGUUUAAAAUCGGUUCCAGUUCCAUACGUUCCUCCUGCCGAGCGAUACCUUGUGGGACGAGUAGGCCCCACUUCUCAUCGUUCGUACAGAUGCAUUGUUCGGUAUGGGUAUCGCGACGUCCAUCAGGAUGUUGAUUCAUUUGAAACACAACUUGUUGAGAAGUUGGCAGAUUUUAUUCACUACGAUUGGUGCGACAAUGAAAAGAAGAACGAUGAUUAUGAUGAUGAUGAUAAUCGGUCUGGCUCUUCUAACGAGUGUCGAUUGGCGGUUAUUGGAAUGGUGUCGGUUUCAAACUUUGAGAUCGAAGAAAGUGAUCUUCAACCGGCGAGUGUUUCAUCCGUUGAGAUGGAGCCGGUAAAUGUUGGGCAGAGAAGAGUUAGAUUUUAUGUGGAUGAUAACGAGUCGGAAUCGUCAACUAUGGGCGUGCAAUUGCAAGAAGAGUUAAGAGAACUUUAUGCUGCUCAAGAAGCGGGAACCGCAUUUAUUCUUGGACAUACUCAUGUGAAGGCGAAACAAGGGUCUUCGUUUAUGAAGCGGCUUGCACUCAAUUAUGGUUACAAUUUUCUGAGUCGGAAUUGUCGAGGACCAGAUGUGGCUCUUAAGGUGCCUCCGGCGUCUCUACUCGAAGUUGGGAUGGUUUAUGUCGUUUAAGAAAAAGAAAACCGUGUUUUUACCUCGUAUAACCAUAUUUAGGAUGGAUUGAUAUAUUAUAUGUAAUAUGGAAAUAUAUGCUUCAAAUGUGAUUAUACUACAUCUUAUGUUUUUGUUCUA